UUCAACCGCCUUGACAGCUCUCGCGGCUCCGGCGGCAGGGAAACACACCCGUCAGCGGCGCGCACUGGAGACAAAAAAGCGCAUCGCGGACAAAGAAAAUAUGGGUGCGCUGGAGAGGAUUCACCUCCGCCGGGUAACGCCAUGGACGAGCUGCUGUUUCAUUCACCGGGAGACCAAUUAGCCCACCUUAAUGAGGUGCUGGGAUGCGAGAUACUGCAAGCUAAAAAGGCGGAAGGCUGCGUUUAAUCCGUAUGCGGAUCCUAUGAGCUUGCAAUGGCUGUGGCGGGGAUAUGCAACUGGAUAGGGAAUACUGUGCCUUUUUGUUUUGUGAUAUUUUCCUUAUUUUGUGGCCUUUCGUUCGGACAAUUGCGUUAUUCUAUUACGGAAGAACUGGAAAAUGGGGCACUGGUCGGCGAUCUGGCGCAUGACUUGGGGCUGGAUAUUCGAAAGCUCGCCGCCCGAAAGAUUAAGGUAACCUCCAACAGCGGCAAACGCUACGUGAUUGUCAACCCCAAAAAUGGCAAAUUGCUGGUGAGCGAGAGGAUCGACCGGGAGGCGCUGUGCGACUUAUCCAGCACCUGCCUCAUUAAUAUGGAGGUGAUGGUCGAAAACCCCACUGAGGUGCACCACGUCGAGGUGGAGAUCGUGGACGCCAACGAUAACGCGCCGCAGUUCCCCAGAGACGAGUAUCAACUGGAAAUCACAGAAUCCGCCUUGCCGGGGUCUCGGUACCCGAUUGAAAACGCGGAGGACCCAGAUAUUGGGUCCAAUUCAGUUCGUAUAUAUCAACUCAGCGCAAACGACCAUUUCGCGUUGGUGUCUAACAAGCCCUCCCUGAAUACAAAGCACAUCGAGCUCGUGCUCAAAAAGCCGCUGGAUCGCGAGCAGACGCCUUACCACCAGUUAAUUCUAAGUGCUGUGGACGGUGGGUCGCCAGAGAAGACGGGCACGGCUAAGAUCAACGUCCGCGUCCUGGAUUCAAAUGACAAUGUCCCCUUGUUCGACAGCUCAGUGUACAAGGUGAAGCUGUUGGAAAAUUCACCCAAAGACACCCUGGUAAUUAAACUCAAUGCUACUGAUCUGGAUGAGGGCACUAACGGGGAGGUGUACUAUUCCUUCAGCAGCUACACUCCGGAGCGAGUGAGGCAGAUGUUCAGCAUGGACACUAACACGGGGGAAAUAAGAGUGAGGAGCAAUGUCGACUAUGAAGAGACCAACUCCUAUGAGAUGUACAUCCAGGCCAUGGACAAGGGACCCGGGGCUGUGGCAGCGCACUGUAAGGUGGUGGUGGAAGUGGUGGACGUGAACGACAACGUCCCUCAGAUAGUGUUGUCGUCCCUGUCGAGCCCAGUGAGGGAGGACGCCCGCGCCGACACGGUGGUGGCCCUCAUUAGCGUCACCGAUCGAGACUCCGGUGCUAACAAGCAGGUGAGCUUAGAGAUCCCAGCGGGCCUCCCCUUCAAGAUCAAGUCAUUCAGAAAUUACUACACCCUGGUUACCUCAGCCUUCCUGGACCGCGAGACCACCGAUGCCUACAACGUCACUCUGAGUGCCACGGACGGAGGGAACCCCCCCCUCUCCUCUCAGAAGACCAUCCAGGUGGACGUGGCCGACGUCAACGACAACCCGCCGCGCUUCGAGCAGACGUCGUACACGGUGUACGUGGCCGAGAACAAUGCCCCCGGCGCCUCCUUGUGCACCGUCAAGGCGCAAGACGCCGACAUCAAGGAGAACGCCCGCAUCACCUACACGGUGCUCAACGACAACAACCACGGCAUCCCCGUCACUUCCUAUGUGUCCGUUAAGGCCGACACGGGGGAGGCGUAUGCGCUGCGAGCCUUCGACUAUGAGUCACUCAGAGAGUUUCACUUCCAGGUCAAAGCCCAGGACGGGGGCAUUCCUCCGCUCAGCCGAGUCGCCACCGUCUACAUCUACAUCAUGGAUCAGAACGACCACGCGCCGCUCAUAGUGAGCCCUCCCGGCAACGGCACGCGCUCCUUGGAGACGGUGCAGAAGAACACGGAGCCCGGGGUGUUGGUGACCAAAGUGGCGGCGUACGACGCGGACGCCGGGCCCAACGCCUGGCUGGUGUACGUGCUGGAGACGGCCACCGACCUGGACCUGUUCAAGGUGCACGAGCACACGGGUGAGAUCAGGACCACUCGGAGGAUCCUGGAGGACAACUCCACCUCCUUCGCUCUCACCGUGGUGGUGAAGGACCACGGGCAGCCCGCGCUCACCUCCACCGCCACCAUCAACGUGGCGGUGAUGGAGGUGCCCCCCAAAGUGGCUCCGGAUCCCAAGAGGAUCAUCCGGCCUCACAGCACCCUGCUGUUCUCCAACGUGACCCUCUACUUGAUCGUGGCCUUGAGUGCCACCACCUUUGUUUUCCUGGUCACCGUGGUGGUGCUGGCCAUCGUCCGUUGCCACGCCUACUGCACCCAGCCCGGGUCCUGCUCCCCUUGCUGCGUGUCCCAGAAGCCUCCCCCGGACGGCGGCAGCAGCAGCGUGAGCGCCGGCGGGGCCGGCGGCGGCGGCGGCGCGGCCGGAGGGCAGCCCAACAACAACGUGGUGCUUCGCAGAGACCUUAAAGUGGAGCCCCACUACAUCGAGGUGCGCGGGAACGGCUCCCUGACUAAGACUUACUGCUACAAGACCUGCCUCACGGCCACCUCCGGCAGCGACACCUUCAUGUUCUACAACACGGGGCGCCCCAUCAGCGGCACCUGGGGCAGCGGAGCCGACCGCUUUUUCACCAGUGGUAGCGGGUUUGUGCGCCGGCUGAGCAUGCCCGACGCCUCGCUGCAGAUCUGCCCAGAGCCGAAAGCUCCAAAUGCUGACUGGCGAUAUUCUGCAUCUUUGAGGGCAGGGGUGCAGAGUUCGGUCCACAUGGAGGAAUCCUCCGUGAUGCAGGGAGCCCAAGGCAUGCUGGUCCAGAACUGGCCCACCGUGUCCAGCGCUGCAGAUGGUGAGGGUGGUGGGGAGCUCUCUCCCCCAGUAGGUGCUGGUGUCAACAGCAACAGCUGGCACUUCAAAUAUGGCGCCGGACAAGGCUACGGCCCUCCUCAGCCCCUGAAGCCCGGGGAGAUCCCCCCCGAAGCCUUCAUCAUCCCCGGAUCCCCGGCCAUCAUCUCCAUCCGCCAUGACCCCGGCCCCGUGGACGACAAAGGCGACUUCAUAAGCUUCGGCAAGAAGGAGGAGGCCAAGAAGAAAAAGAAAAAGAAGAAGGACAAGAAGGACAAGAAGGAUAAAGGGAAGGAUGACGGGGGAGAGGAAUAGAUGAGAGAGGUGCUACCGACCGACCAUCAUACCAAUUUCAGAGCCAGAAUUUAAAACAAAAGCCAAAUACACAUUCUAGAACUGAGGGAGCCUCCUUGCGCCAUAAUUGCAUAGACAUUGUACAGUGGCCUCAUUAGAACAAGGCCUGGCUCCACACACCAGGCAAACUUGCUAAACAAACAUUUUUCUCUUGGCUCACGUGGCCCAUAAACGUCUGUUUAUGGCAAACAAAUGUUCUCAGUAGCUAGACUUUAUCUAAAGGCUGGACCAAAUUCAAACAUGAUUUGCUGCCCCUCCGCCCGCCCCCCCCCCUUUGUAUAAUAUUAAGCAAAGACACCUUAAGCGGUGUCCUAUUUGUAUCUGACCAUUGUCAGCGGAGGCUGCCUGUGUUGGCAUCUCUGACAUUAUGCAGCCUCGUAGCUGGAGGUGACGUGAAUAGAACAAAUGAACCCAAGGCUUUUGUCUUCAGCAGUGCAGAGGCCUUGAAAUUCAGAAAAUGUGGUCUUUUAUAAAAAAAGAAACGAGAAAUAAAAACGAAAAAGUAGCAACACACAAUAUAUGUACCAUGAGAUUAGCACCUUUAAGAACAAAGAGCUCUGGUUCAGAAGACGAUAGCACAUUAGCGAGGCUGAGGACCUGGACUGGGUUGCACCAACUAUGCGCAAGUUUGUUCCCAGAGUAGAGGAUGGAGCCGCAGCUUCAUCUCCGCUGGUUUAUUUGCAGCUCGUUAAGAGACUAAAUUGGAGUGUGGGAGAAACACUCCCGUCCUGAUGGAGAGAAACCAUAUGAAUUUGUAGAUUAGAUAAAAGAAUAAGCAAAAAUGUGCGAUUCCAUAUUUGACUUCUAAAGGACCUUACUAUUCUUUUGCAUGUUUUAGUCCAUUUUCUACAAAUGAUCAUACAAACUAAUAGUAUUUUCCACAGCGGUGGUGUUUAUGUACAGCCAUUGUUCAUUUAUCGUAUUAACACGAAAUAAAUGGGCUGAGACGGCGGAAUAGUGACAAUGCCGACUGAAUCGCAGACACGCCGGACUGAAAGCGAGGCGUCAAGUAGGUGUCGCUCUGUCACAAAGAGCGUCAAUCAGAGCCAGACUGACAGGAAACACGUUAAGAAUAGGACAAAUUAAAUGGACGGUGGAGAAAAUGGGCGGAAACAUUCAAAAGCGCUGCAGGGGUCCUUCGAGUUGCGAAAUGUGCAACUGCUAAAUAGAGAUAGAAAAAAAAACUUGCUGUGUGCAGAAAAAAAUAAUCCUGCUUUAUUGUUAGUGAGUGCAAUUAUGUGACUUUGUAUCAUUUGCACCUGCUUUGUCGCUUGCUUACCGACUUAGUUGUUCCCUGAGGUUUUGUUGUAACAGGUCUUUCGUGGUGCCGCUGCUCAGUGGCCAUUUUGAAUAGAACCAGGGAACCUACGUGCAGCUGAUGCAACCGGGCCCGUGGCCUUGCCUCAUCUAUUAGAGUAUGGCACAGGUCGACGGGGUCCAAACCCACCCCUGUGCGUCAGCACACCCAGUCUGACACACACAGUGUAGACACACACCACAUGCAGACACGCAAGCUGUACAAAUACGCUAGAAGAAGACGCAACCGCUUGUGGAAUCUCCACUUCCAAGACUGAAGGCUGGUGCCACCGAGUAUGGGAGUGUAUUAUAUGCUUGGGAGGCAGGAACGUUGCCUGUUGCUUCAUUUCUGUUCAAGCCUUAUCCCUCUCCUUCUGUCUUUGAAUGUUGCGUAAUUGUUCUUCAAGCCCUGCACCGUUGCCUCGACUGCUUCAGUGCUUGUAGGAUUCGCUUGCCCGCUGCCUGUUUCCUCGCUCCGCUCCCGUUCCCCCCGGAUCAACACGGUUGGACGACAGCUUCCUCUCCUUCAAUGAACUGUGCGACUGUUACACAGCAACACGUUGGCAUUUGCAUCUUCACGCACACACACACACGCACACACACGCACACAAACACACACACACACACACAAACACACACAUACUUAGGUGCUUCAGCCACAGAGCGACUCCUCUGAUUGCUCGUUGUUGACAGCUUUGUCAUCUCUCACAUCAGUUUCACCCAUCGCAUCGUAACAUCCUCUGACAGGUUAUCAAACACUGAGAAUAUGCUGUGCUGGAUACAAUGAGACAAGACAAAGGCGCUGGAGGAGUGGGGGAAAGGCGGCCGCUGUGAUGCAGUGCGUAGCUCCAUAACUGGACGCUGGAAGUGGGGGAUCCAGCUGUUCUGUGAGCCAUUAGUGGCAGUGGAUCAGCCCGAGCUGCCUAAAACCACUUACACCAUCAGCUAAUAAGUGGCAGGAAGAGGGUGACGUGGAAGAAAACCGGGCUGGGAAGCAUCAGCGAUCCGAGAGGUGAUCUACACCUGUGGUAGAGAUAGAGUAUGGAAGCAGUAGAUACUGGAACAGCAUCGGCCCUUUCAUAUUCCCAGUCAUACAGGGAGCGUGCAGGUGCUGCUGCCAGGCUCAAUCCCUCCCAUGCACAUGUUUCCUUCCCCUUCCUCGUCCUUCGGGUGUAUUUCUGUGCUGUCAAAUCACCAAGUGGCUGUUUGCAUGUUAUAAGCAAAGGAAACAGAUACUAUAUAGAUACUAUAUAUACAUAGAUAUGUUUUUUUCCAUGGGGAAAUGAGUAUUGGAAUACGUAUACCUCUAAUACGCAUUCUCAAAACCAAAACACUUAACGACCCACACUCAUCCAUAGGCGCAUACAUACAGUAACAUACAUGUAUAUGCCAGCAGUAACUUGUGGAAGACCCUGAAAUAAUCACACGUUUUUUAUCCUGUUGAAAAUCAAUUUAAUCUUCUAGAUAUACAUAAUGCUAUUGUGUUAUGCGAUGAAAUGCCUUCUUUCUGUUUUUAUCCUCUUGCGUUUUUUCGGGGACGAGAAAAAACAAUCCUUAAACUUGUGUUACGCUUUGAAACAUGAUGAUGAAACAAACACUGUUGUGAAACCGACUCAUUUGCUCACCCUCCAUGUCUGUUCUUUGGCCAGUAGAGAAAAUGACAGAAAAAGAUGGAAAAAAACAUCAAAAUAUUUCAAAAGGCAUAAAAAAAAUAAAGUUGAUGUAUUCUCUGCUUGUGUAUAGUGAAUGUUGCUCAGUCGCUGGGUGACACACACCAGUCGACUGUGACAGUGCAGAUCUGUUAAUAACUUCUUUUGUACACCUGCUUAUCAUUGUAAAGGUGAUAAUAGUGAUUCUUAUGAUUUCAUCAAUCUGGUAACGUGUUUUGUUAAUAAGUCACAAAUAAAGUUUUUCUUAAAUAUCUAAUCUCCAA